AUGGACGCAUCCCCUUCGACAUCAUCAGUAGCCGAUGAUUUUCUUGCUGCCGAUGUGUUAUCAUCGCUUCUGAAUCCAUCUGAAUCCCCGACAGAAGGCAAAAAGAAAGGUCAGAAGGGCACGAAAACAUGCAAGAAGUCGUCGGAAAUCUGGGAUCACUAUCGCUUGCUUAACGAGAACCAGAAUGUCGAGUGCGUCUAUUGCUGGAAAGUAUUGAAACGGGGCGACAGUAGUACGAAGAGCAUGUGGGGCCAUAUGACAGCAUUCCAUCAGGAUAUUUUGGAUGAUAAGCAGAGCAGAAAGAAGCUACGUGUAAUGGCUGUCGAGCCACUUGAGAGGAAAAAAUACUCCGCAAUGGAAGGCGAGGUGGGUGUUCGCAUCUGGCGUAUCGCGUUGCUGCUUGUGGUAACUAUUUGUUCGCAUUCUAAUCCAGUUACUUUCAUGUAUUUACUGUAA